AUGCAACGACACCACCACCUCGUCAUGGCUUCUUCCAAGGUUAUUAAAUAUCAUGGGGCAGAAGUUAAUAGCUGUUGUUCUUUCAUGCAUGCUUAUGGUUUGGUGUUGGAACAGAAGGAUCAAGAGCUACGGAGGUCAUACUCCGACAUGGUGGCGGAGAGCGAGAAGAAGCUGAUGAUGGAUGCGGAGACGAGGAGCAAUGAAGUGGAGAGCGUAAAGUGCGAGUGCUGCGGGAUGUCACAGGACUGCACCCGCAUCUACAUCGAGCGAAUCAAGGCCUUCUUCUGCGGCCACUGGGUGUGCGGCCUUUGCUCCGAGGCGGUGAAGGAGGAGAUGCGCCUGCGUCCUGCUGUGGCAAUGGAAGAAGCUAUGCGGGCUCACAUGGCCCUCUGCAAGGGAUUCAACCGCAGCAGGCUCAACCCUCAGCUGUCGUUGGCCAGUGCGAUGCGGGACAUCGCGAGGAAGAGCCUGCAGCACCGGACCUCCGAUGAGUUCUUUGCGUCGGAGGCGAGGAGAACCACGAGCUGCAAAUUCCGGCGGGCCUCCUUUCAGUGA